ACCGGGGACUCCUCAGAGCUACUAAAGCUGUUGCCCUCCAAGGUCCUCAGUUGAGUAACUCUCCUCAUCUCUUCUCACUCUCUCCCUCAAGCCAAACCAACAAACCAAGGACAAGAUGGGCGAACCAUUCCCCGACAUCAAGAGCAAACACUCCCUGGUGGCUAAGCACGUCACCAAGGAGCGCUGGGAUAAGCUCUCCGGCCACAAGACCGCCACCUCCGGCUUCACCCUCAAGCAGGCCAUCGCCUGCGCCGUCGAGUUCGACAACCAGCACUGCGGCAUCUACGCCGGUGACUGGGAUUCCUACAAGGAUUUCAAGGAUGUCUUCGACCCCAUCAUCCAGGAAUACCAUGGCAUCUCCCCCGAUGCCGUCCACACCUCCGACAUGGACGUCGAGAAGAUCAAGGGCAACAUCAACGCCGAGGUCCCCGUCCACUCCGUCAGGAUCCGCGUAGGCCGUAGCAUUGAUGGCUUCGGUCUCUCCCCCGGCAUCACCAAGGACCAGCGCGUCGGCGUUGAGAACCUCAUGAAGAGCGCCUUCGGGAAGCUCUCCGGAGAUCUCGCCGGCAACUACUACCCCCUGACUGGCAUGGACGAGAAGGUCCGUCAGCAGCUCGUCGAUGACCACUUCCUCUUCAUGUCUGGUGAUCGCAACCUUCAGGUCGCAGGUAUGGAGCGCGACUGGCCUGAAGGCCGCGGUAUCUACCACAACGCCGAGAAGACCUUCUUGGUCUGGGUCAACGAGGAGGAUCAGCUCAGGAUCAUCUCUAUGCAGAUGGGCGGUGAUGUCAGGGGCGUCUUUGAACGCCUGGCCCGCGGUAUCAAGGCCGUCGGCGACUCCGUCAAGGCCGAGAGCGGCAAGGACUUCAUGCUCGACUCCAAGUACGGCUUUGUCCACUCCUGCCCCACCAACCUUGGCACCGGCAUGAGGGCUUCCGUCCACGUUGACUUGCCCGGCUGGACCAAGGAAGGUCUUGAAGCCCUGAAGAAGAGAUGUGAAGAACUGAAGGUUCAGCCCCGUGGUACCCGCGGUGAAUCUGGCGGCCAGACUGGUCACACUUAUGACAUCUCCAACAAGCAUCGCCUGGGUUACUCCGAGGUCGAACUCGUCCAGUGCAUGAUUGACGGUGUCAAUACCCUGUACGCUGAGGACGUUGCCCUCCAGAAGAAGCACGGCAUCUAAGAAGCUUGCAUCCAUUCUGAGUUUUUAAAAACAAGAGAAAUUAUAUAAAUUUAUAUUAGAGGAGAAACAUUAUUUUUUCAACGCAUCUUCCAACACAAAUCAAUGCGAAGGACUCCUUAUUUUUUUUCUUUUUAGUUAGAAGGAAGAGGAGUCGUUUUCACUCGUUAGUAAAGACCAGAAUCGGGUGUUUGAACGUCAUGGAGGCCGGAGGAAUCUUAUAGUGCUAAAACUUGUCAUUCUUCUUCAUCCUGACUUUCACGGAUGUCCUGUCAUUCAAAUUAAUCCUCGCAAGGUCAAGCUGACGGAAAGGAGCCCUUCCGAGGGAGUCCUUUUCGUUAGUCUCCCUUGAUAGAGAAGGGAAGGGCUUGUCCUCCGGCGUUCAGGACCUAGCUUGAGCCUUGCCACGAAGGAAUAGGCCUAAACAGCACUUCCUUCUGGCAGCCCCGGCUCUUGCUACCAACUGUCAUCAUGAGAGUUCACUAUUUUUGGUCUAGAGAUGAAAAGACAUUAUUGUUACUAAACAAUAAACAAUUAAUUUAAUAACA